GCAGGCGCUAACCGACGGCUACUUCCGGGACCAAUCCUCGCGUUUCGCAGGGGCAAAUCCCGUGGAGGAUUCUCAGAGUGACGAUGGCUACUUACAGCCUGGCGAAUGAGCGACUACGCGCCCUGGAAGACAUCGAACGGGAAAUUGGCGCCAUCCUUCAGAAUGCAGGUACGGUGAUCUUAGAAUUGUCCAAGGAGAAAACCAAUGAGCGGCUCCUAGACCGGCAGGCGGCGGCCUUCACCGCUUCAGUACAACACGUGGAGGCGGAGCUGUCGGCCCAGAUCCGCUACCUCACCCAGGUGGCCACAGGGCAGCCCCAUGAGGGAUCCAGCUACUCUUCAAGGAAAGACUGUCAGAUGGCUCUGAAGCGAGUGGACUAUGCCCGCCUCAAGCUCAGUGAUGUAGCCCGAACCUGUGAGCAGAUGCUAGAGAACUAGGCCAAGGUGGUGGAUGAAGAGCUUGGAGGGAAACCAUCACCUGCACUGUGGGACAGAUCCUGGGAACCUGUAGGAUGGAUGGGGACCACAGGCUGGCAGGCACAUGCUCUGCUGAUCAGAGGAUGUUAGAGCAAAGGGUCAAAAGGUGAGAAUGGAGAAACUAAAGCCCAGGCCUGCCCACAGCUGUGCCCUGGCUUCCCCAGCAGGGUGCUCCUCCUCUGUACUUCACAAAUACUCUGAGAGGCCCAGACAGGAGAUGGAGAUUCAGACGCCCAACCCAUUUCCUCAUACACUUCAUGCCACUGUCCCAGGCUCCCCGCAGACUUGGCCCAAUGAAGAUGCAUUCUUCUUCAUUGGAAGAGAUGAAAAUAAGAACUAAGGGUUUUAAUAAUAAAAACAAUAACAAUAAAAACAAGAACAGAUUCUCAUUUGAGGUAUAUGACUGACGCAAGUGAUUCAGGAAGUAAAACCAGUCUGUAUGGUGGCAGCAGCACAGCAGCUACUAAGGAGGGAGGCUGGGAAAGCCCAGACUUUCAUUGUGGGGUUUAGGGAGGAAGUGGGGGGGUUGGGGAGGAACAAGUGGUGAGGUGCAAAGAGAGACUUGGGACAAGGGGGAUCCAUUAGUAAAACUGAAACCUGGAAGCAUAAUGGGGCCAGGGCCUGAAGCCAAUGUCUGCAGAAUGAAGAGUCAAUAAUUACAAAAAUAAUUUUUAGUAGUUAGGCAUACUUUGUAAUACAGCAUUUUUUUUUUAAAUGAGAGGUCUAAGAGCAGCAACUAGUUAGUCAAAUAUUAAGCAAUAUGUAUUGAACACCUACUGGUGCCAGAGGUUAACCAUAAAGACUUUACAAAAAUAAAUCACAGUCUCUA